AUGACCAAAUUGGAGGGAAUGUUGUGUGCAUUCAAAAGACGAAAUUUCGCUGGCAAAAACGGUAUUUACAAUGUCAGGUGUCAUCAGCUGCACGGUCCCACAUUUCCUGGCUUUUGGGUGCGCGUAGGUUAUAGGGUGGGUGCGCCGAGGUUUACUCUUAAUAAUUCUUUAUUAUAA